CAGAAAGCUGUUUAACACGGCUCAGGCAGCAAUUGGCACAGGGGCAGCGAACCAGGCUGCAUCUGCUCAGCCCCAGUCACAAGCUCCCUGCUUCCUCCGUGCGUGCGUGUGUGUGUGUGUCUGUGUGUGUGUGCGCUAGACACGGGCAUCCGCUCCCAGCAUCUCGCUGUCUCCUGCAUCCUCCGGCAGCCAGCGCAAGCCUCUCGCUCCCCCGGUCCCAGCCUCGCCGCUCCAGCCCCGGGUGGGGAUUUGCUCGCAGGGUGCGGGAUGCGGUGAGCAUCCGCAAGUGGAGAGGAGGCUGUGGCCAGAGGCAAUGGCAGUGGACUUCGUGUGGACUGCUUUCUAGGAUUCGUGCUCCUCAGACAGAUCUUGACACUGAGCCAUGGGGGUGUUGAUGUCCAGGAGGCAGACGGUGGAGAAGGUGCAGAAGGUCAGCUUGGCUGUGUCAGCCUUUAAGGAUGGGCUGCGGGCAGAGGGCGGAGGCACACGCCGAGGGACACUGGAGCAGGCUGUGCAGGAGGGAGAGGAGGAGGUGUCAGCAGGACCUUCCCAGACGGAGGAGAGCAGUGCUGCCAAGGCGGCCAAGGCGGCCUGGGAACGGCUGCGGGACGGCCGAGGUGUGGAGCCGGAGGAGUUUGACCGAGCCAACAGGUUCACACCACCUGCCUUCAUCCGGCCCAAGAGGGAGCUUCAUGAUGAUGAGCCUCUGGACAUCAGCCUGGAGCAGCGGGAACAGGUUGUCAAUGAUGAGAUGUGUGAGAUCUGCGAGGUGUGGACAGCCGAGAGCCUCUUCCCCUGCCGCAUCUGCAGCCGGGUGUACCACGACGGCUGCCUGCGCCGCAUGGGCUACCUGCAGAACGACAGCGCUGUCGAGAUGACAGAGACAGCACAUACUGAGACAGGAUGGAGCUGCUACUACUGCGACAACCUCAAUCUCCUGCUGACAGAGGAAGAGAUGUACAGCCUGAUGGAGACCCUGCAGCACUGCAAGAUCAUUCCAGAGACCUGCCUGACCCUGGAUGACUUUCUUCACUACAAGCACCUGGUGCACAAGCAGCAGUUUGAGCAGCCCAUGACAGAGGUGCAGGAGGAACAGGCAACCCUGCAGUUCUCCGCCCUGGACCCUGACAAGAAGGGGCACAUCGAGUGGCAUGACUUCCUCUUCCACGAGUCCAUUCAGCUGCUGCAGAAGCUGCGGCCACAGAACGCCCUGCUGCGGCUGCUGACGGCCAAGGAGCGGGAGCGGGCACGGGCAGCCUUCCUGGCCCUGGACCAGGACAGCGAUGGUUUCGUCGGGGAAGGCGAGUGCCGCCGGGCCCGGCACACCUGGUUCCGCAAGCACCAGAAGGAGGCACCGUCCUGCAGCGUCAGCAUCAGCCAUGUAGGGCCCAUGUCGGAGAGCAGCCCUGCCAGCAGCGGCAGCGGCAAGAGCCAGGAGAAGACCCUGCCAGCCACGGAGCGUGAGGAGGCCAGGCCCGUCGACUGGCCCGGUUUCCUGCGGGAAAACGUCGUCUACAUCCUGGCUGCCCGCCCCAACAGCACCGCCCUCCACCUGCAGCCCCCCGCCUAGCCCCCGCGCCGCCACCUCCGGCGGCGAAGCCUCUCCCGCCCCGGAGACCUGCCCUGCCCCCGCUGCGGGCAGAGCCGGGCAACGAUUGGCUGGCGGGGAAGUGGCCACCGCCCCCUCCCUGCUGCUGCCGCUUCGGAUUGGCUGUGAAGAGAACGGGUGCUGGGGCCUGAUUGGUUGAGGGAGUGGGUGUGACUCUGGGGGUCUCUGAUUGGUGGGAGGGAAGUGGAGAAGGGCAGUGAGUGGCUCCACUGCCCACAGACUCCACGGACUCCUCUGUGGGGAGGUGGUCCAGCCACUGGGGAUGCCAUGGGGUGCAAUGGGUGCCCCCCACAGACCCCUUGUGGGGAGGAGUCCAGUGCGUGGGGAUGCCAUGGAGAACAAGGGGGACCCCUUCCUAGACCCUGCUGUGGGGAGGGGUCCAGUCCUUGGGGAUGCCUCAGGACAUAGUGGGUGCCCCCCACAGACCCCUUGUGGGGAGGGGUCCAGUGCAUGGGGAUGCCAUGGAGAAUAAGGGGGACCCCUUCCUAGACCCUGCUGUGGGGAGGGGUCCAGUCCUUGGGGAUGCCUCAGGACAUAGUGGGUGCCCCCCACAGACCCCUUGUGGGGAGGAGUCCAGUGCGUGGGGAUGCCAUGGAGAAUAAGGGGGACCCCUUCCUAGACCCUGCUGUGGGGAGGGGUCCAGUCCUUGGGGAUGCCUCAGGACAUAGUGGGUGCCCCCCACAGACACCACUGUUGCAAGAAGUCCAGUGCUUGGGGAUGCCAUGGGGCAUAACGAGUGGCCCCCACACACCCCACCACAGGGACGAGUCCAAUAUAUGGGGAUGUCAUGGGGCACAGGGGAUGCCCUCUCACCAACGCCACUGCAGGGAGGGAUCCAGUCCUUGGGGUAGCCAUGGGGUACAGGGGAUGCCCCCUCACCAAUCCCACUGGAGGGAGGCAUCUGGCCCUUGGGGAUGCCACAGGACACAAGGUGUACCCCCCACAGACCCCACUGCAGGUAGAGGAUCAGUCCUUUGGCAUGCCACCAAACACAGGCGUGCCCCCCAUGGAUUCCACUGCAGGAAGGGAUCCAGCCCUUGGGGAUGCCAUGGGCACAGUGGGGACCCCUACAGACCCACUGUGGGGAGAGUUCCAGUGCUUGGGGAUUCCAUGGGGCACAUGAUAUGCCCCCCACAGACCCUGCUCUUUGGGGAUGCCAUGGGACACAGGAGUGCCUCCCACAGACCCUAUUGUGGGGAGUGUCUCCAGUGCUUGGGGAUGCAACGAGGCACAUGGAGUGCCCCUCAUAGACCCCACUGUAGGGAGGGGUCCAAUGCAUGGGGAUGACAUGGGGCACACAUGAUGCCCCCCACUGUGGGGAGGGGUCUAGUGCUUGGGGAUGCAGCAAGGCACAGGGCAUACCCCCCACAGACCCUGUUGUGGGGAGGGGCCCAGUCCUUGGGGAUGUCUUGGGACACAGGGAGUACCCCCAACAGAACCACUGUGGGGAGAGGGUCAGUGCCUUGGGAUGCCAUGGGGCACAGAGGGCAGGGAACCUGUAGCCCCCAUGAUCCUCAGCCCCACAGCACUUCCUGGCUUAUCAGCACCUGUAGCCACCAGGGACCUGUCCCCAUGUGGCUACAGAGCAGGGUCUGUCCCCAAGGAGAAGCGAAGUUUGCACUGGUUGUGGAACUAGUUCUGGGUGAUUAUGGGGUCAGAGUGGAGUCCAGAGCAGCCAUGUAACCCCAGCUUCCUGCAGCUCCAUGGGGAACAUUUCAGGUCAACACUGAAUGUCCUGUGAUGGAGUACCAGAAAGGGAAAGGUCAAAUGUUUGGGAGCAUUCCCUUGUGUCCCUUGUCCCCUCUUGCACCCCUGAUCUCAUGAGAUGCCCUUCCCCACCCUCCAGCAGUUCAGCAUUCCAGUACCACACCAGCCUUGCUCCAGCAUCCCCAUGUUGCUGGGGCUAUGAGUGCUGGGAGUGAGGAAGCAGAGCCCAAAGCCUCUCUGGGUGUCAGCUGCAGAGAUGAGGCACUCGCUGGGCAGGACUGAAGCCCAGCAGCUCUAAGGUGGGUGGAUGUACUCUAACCACAAUUAAGGAUUCCUGGAAACCUCACUCCAUGCAUGCUAGGGUUCAGGAUGCCCAGGUCUCACAGCAGCCCCAGUACCUGUCCCCCUCCUGCUCUGAUGCUCUGACCCCUUUCUUGCAGUACCCUCAGUCUCUCGCUGCCCAGUAUGCCCUGGCUUAGAUGGGGUGCUCCAGGAUGUGCAGGGUGGGUGCUCCUUCACCUCUGCCCUCACCCCUGAUGCGAUGGGAGCGGUUUCACUCAGCCCCCCCUUCUCUCCCCCCCCCCCCCCCCCCCCCCCCGCCCCCUUCCUCAGCCAGGGCACAGGUACCCUCUCCAGGGAUUUUCCUCAGUGCAAGACUGGUAGGCACACCAAUGCCAUGACAUAUUCCUCCACUACCAUGGUUUGCCAGGCCAAUGGGGAUAUUUUGGAUGCCAGGUCUGAGGUGGGGCCAGAGCAAGGAGGCGGCCAUGGGUGCACGGGUCGCAACCCCUCCUCUGUACUGAGCAGCAUCCAUUAAACAGCUGUGUCCAACCA